AUCUGACUUACAUUUUCGUGGCCACUUCAUUUUAACAUCGUACUUGAUAAUAAUUGAACAAGCAAAUAAAAAUGUUUCAUGUUGGUCACAAAUCCGUCGACGUAAGCUUGUGUGAUGGAGUAUUGACUGUAGCAACACCAGAGAAUGAUGUACUUGUAUCAAUUGAAAUUCGCCGCAUGUUAAAGGUGAAUCUUAAAGAUGGAAGCUUGACCGUUUAUUAUGUGGAGAAGACAAAAAACAAAACUUUGAACAUGAGGACAAUCUCUCUGGAUGCUGACUUUGAGGAACUACAACAACUUUAUCGUGAUUUGGAAACUAAAUGCAAAGGUCGUCCAAAAAGUUUGUUGGUAAUUAUCAAUCCUAAUGCGGGAAAGAAGAAGGGAAUUAAGGUGUAUAAGAAGAUUGCUGAUUCUCUGUUUCAACUUUGUGGUGUCAAAACACACGUAAUUGUAACAAGCAAACAGAAUGAACCCACGGAUAUUUUGAAGAACUACGACCUUUCAAAGAUAGACGGGAUUGUCACAGUAGGAGGUGAUGGACUAUAUUGUGAGUGUAUGAACGGAUUGGUUAAGAGAGUACAACAAGACAACAGUGUGAACCUUGAUAAUCACAACGCUAAUAUUGUUUCGUCUGCUCUUCCUAUUGGCAUAAUUCCAGCAGGAUCUGGUGACGUCAUCGUGCAAUAUCUCCAUGGAACGAGAUGCGCACGUACUGCUGUUUUGCAUAUCUUAUUAGGAAACCAUGUUGAUUCCAAUAUUGUCAGUGUUCAUGCAGGAAGACAUUUAUUGUCUUACUCAGCCUUAGUUCUUGGAUUUGGACUGUUUGGUGAUAUGAUGCACGACUGUGAAAAGUUCAGAUGGAUGGGUCCUUCCCGAUACAACAUAAUUCCCUUGGGAAGUAUGUUGAAGAGGAGAGAGUUUGAUGUAGAAGUUGAAUACCACCCUUUAACACAGAAGGAAAAGCCCAAACCAGCACGUCUUUAUGGGAGACAGAUAUCAUUACCAAAUGGAUUCUUAUCACAGCGGUCAAAAUUACAAAGAAAGCAAAGGACAAAAUCAUCUUCCGAUCUCCAGAAAGAAAGUUCUGUCAAUGAAGAUUUGGUAAAAGAAGAAGGAAGGAUAUAUGCAGUCGAUUCCCAUGCUAUUAUGAUGAAAGAAAAAUCCGGUAGAAUGACGCCUCAUUUUGGUCAAAAUUCCCUGAUGGUGUAUACCACACACAAAUGUACAUUGCCAGACCACGUGUCUCAGCUUACUAAAGUUAAAAAUGAAAAACCAGAUUGUUAUGAUUACAAAUUCGUCAGCAAACAUGAAGUAUCCGGCUACAAAGUAAAGUUGCUGAAUGCCACUGUGAAUACAGCUGGUAACAACAAGGAACUUCAGAAAGACUAUUAUAUCAAUUGUGACGGAGAAUGUAUUCGAUUAAAAGAACCCGAAUUUAAUGUUAAAUUGCACAGAAACGCAGUGAAAUUUUUUGGAGACUUUGCAGACUGAGACAACAAUGAUCCUGAAUAUUGUUGGGGACUUUUCAGAUUGAGACGACAAUCCCAUAUGUCGUGACUUAUUUGACAUAAACAGUCAUAUUUAGAUAGAUCUUUCACACUGGGUGGAAGAAUACAUUUCCCAGCGAAGAUAUACCAUAGUUAGCUGACAAAUAAUCAGUAGGCAUAAUACAUGGUGGUUAGUGGAUUUAGGAGCGUUUAUUUUUUAAUUGCUGAAAACAUAUAAUUGGUCAUGAGUUUUACAACUUGUUCUGUUGAUGAACCUACAACUAUGACUUUGAAUGCCUUUUGUUUUUAAAUAAAAAUUG